AUGGGAAUUUUCAGGUCGACAUGGCUUUAUUGGCAUGAUGCACUACCGCCGCCUUGCGCAAGGGUACCACAGGCUGGCGGCAAUCGCAGUCCUGGCACAGUUGAAGACGUACACCAGGCCAUGUUGGACGGCAUAUUCGCGGCCGUGAGUCACUUGCGCACACAGAGUCGCUCGUGCCAGUUUAUUCGAUGGUCCCGUGCUUGCAGGUAUGGCACCCAGGUUCCGCGGGAAGCCGCGGCCAACUUUUCAGAAUGCUGGGAGCUCGGUCGACGUGUUACAGGAAUGGGAUUGCCAGAGCAGCUUCGAUUCCGGGAUUGCACCUUGUCAGGCUCAAGAGCCUUGAGGCUAGCAGUCAAACCGCAGCCGCUUAAAGUGGACUUGUCCACUGAGCUGCGUGUGUCUCAGGCUCUCAGCAGACGAGGUCUGGCCUUGGAGAUGGCAGGCGUUUGCUCUUUUCAGGUUCAUGAAGAGUACUCGCGCUCGUUGCUUGAGCACUUGCACAGGCCGCCUCCUCCCAAGUUUGAUCCACCAGGGAUCGACUCGCUCUUGAGAGCAGACAGAGAGAUGUGGAUCAGGGUUUCAGAAGCGGUGAAGAGCAACUUCACAGCCCCUGGUCAAUCGGGCGCAGUUGAUGCAGCCAUUCAGACGUGGCAGCACAUCAUGCAAGUUGCUUACUUUUUGGUGCCGGCGCAGCAACUGCAGCCCAGCUACGUGCAGCAGUUCUCACAGACGACACCUGCCUUGCUGAGUCAGAACUUCAGCAGCACCCUGUCAGGAGACCAUGAGCGCGUCGCCCUCGGCACAGAACGUGGAGCCGGUGAUGAGCGAUGCACUCUGAGGGAGUGUGUCGCGACUUGGCACAGCAAGCCUUCACGAAUCUGGGCGAACAAAACGUGCUACUCCUGCAUUCACGAGUUUGAGACACAUGUCUGCAUCGUGCUACAGCGCUUCCAAGUCCUGGAUACAACGGUUCAGAAGUGCCAACUGCCGGUGCAGGUCGACGCCGAAUGUGAUCUGCCAAUGUUUCGAGCUGGCUCCAUUGCUUGGGUGACCUUCCGGGUCCGUGCUGUUACUUGCCACAUUGGGGAUGCUCCUACAUCGGGGCACUAUCGCAGCUUUCUUUUGCAUGAUGAUGGGCCCUACGCUGCCAGCGUCUCAGAGCUAUGGCAGACAAGGUUGUUUGACUGCCUUCUGCAGAGCACCAACUUCCCAGACAAGACACUCGUCUCAGACAGGUGUGGCCCCGGUGGCGACCCAGACUUGGACCAGGCUUUGUGGGACCUGACGCUGCAGGAGUGCCAAGCAGGCUGGGCAGUCUUAGAGACAGGUCACGUGGAGGCUCCCUCAUCCUGCGUUCUCGGCAGACGUUUUGCAGUCAAGCAGGGAGACAAAGUCAGACCAACCGACGAUUUGUCGAUCAGCCUCGUGAAUCAGACUCUUGGCGUAGCCGAGAAGAUAGUGGUGCACCCCGCAGCCUGCGCUUUAGCCCUAGCUCUGCGUUUGCAGUCAGUGUGUGCCAGACUUUCUCCAGGAAGCACUGCUUGCAGUCUCAGGGGUCGCACGUUUGACUUGAAAGCUGCUUACAAGCAACUAGGCGUGAACGCAGACGAUUUGCAGUUUUGCAAGGUUGCAGUCUGGGAUCCAGUCAACAACAGACGCGUAGUCCUGGCACUGCGUGCUCUGCCUUUCAAAGCCACUGGCUCCGUGCACCGUGUAGCCUAG